AUGGUUUCAGGUAGUUUGGGGUGUUGUUCCACAACUAUACUUGGAGAGGCACAAUCAGAAGAAACCCAGUCAGCGGAUCACACAGUGACCACACAAACAAUUUCCAUAACAGCAAAACCUACUGAAAUUCGGAUUUCAAAUGAAACUCAAAGAACAGGACCGACGACAACUAUCGAAGCCAGGGAAGAAACACCGACAACCAUGAACAGUAAGUAACACAUUACAAUUUGAUUUUUAUUUUGUUCUAGUUGGAUGAACAGAAAAUAGCUUAACCCUUUACCCCCCACAACAGUUUCAGAGGAUCCACUGAUCAAAUAACUACUGGAAUAGAGUAUUGGUGACUCCAAUAUGGCAAUAGUAUGGACAGAUCGAUCAGGCGCACGCUCGUUUGGGCAGAGUAGUUUGGUCACCCCAGUGACCAUCGGGGGGAAUGACUUGAAAAAGUCCUGUUUUGGGCUUUUCGUAAAUUUGAUAUAGUUCGACCAAAAAACAUCGUAGAGAGCUCGAGUACAUUUCAUUUUAUAGAGAAUUGUUUGCUC